AUGGUACUGGUCCCCAGCGACCAAGCUACUUACGGAGGAGGUAUUGUUGAUGUUGUUGUUGUCGUCGUCGUCGUCGUCGUCGUCGUCGUCGUCGUGGUAGUGGACAAUGUGCUGCUGGUAGAUGUGCUGGUAGAUGUGCUGGUAGAUGUGCUGGUAGAUGUGCUAGUAGAUAAGCUGGUGGAGGUAGUGAUGGAAGUACUGGUGGCAGGUCUGCUAGUGGUAGACCUGCUGGUGGUUGAUCUGAUUGUCGAUGUUGAAGGACUAACAGCCGAGCUUGAGGAAGAUGUCCUGGCACUGCUACUGCUCCUUGUAACCCAAGUUGAAGGGCUGCUACUUGUGAUCCUUGACGAUGACCAAGCUCCAGUCACAGUUGAGGUGGUUGUGGAACCUGACCAUGUUUUCCGCUGCGAAGAGGCAGAAGCCGGAGCCGACCAUGAAUGA